AUGAAGGAGCAAAACGCAAAACUCCUGGAGCAGAUAACCGGCAUGUGCCAACUGCUGCAGGAGGAAAAGGAGGAGGCAAAGCGCCGUGAGGAGAAGCUCGAGGCGCAAAUCGAGAAGUUAGCCGCCGCACAUCAACGCGACCGAGAUGUGCUCAACUCUCUGUUGGCGGCAAAGGUUGGCGGCGGACAACCGUCAUCUAGUCCGCGUCAACCACCAACUCCGUUGCCGCGCCGAUCCUCUGCGCAACAGCAGCAGCAGCAACAACAACAGCAGCGGAAUCAGCACGAGCAGGAGCAGCCCCGCGCGUCGACGUCGCGCGUAGUCAUGCCGCCGCACAGCGAGGCAUCGACAGCCGUCCGCGAAGACGCUGUGCCGGAACUGACCUACAGCGAGGUCGUGCGGCGUAGAUAUCGCGGCAAAGCUACGGGUAAGCCACGCUCCCAGCAGCAGCCGCAACAGCAGCAGCAGCAGCGUCAGCCACAGCGACAGGCGGCCGCUGGCUCGCAGCAGCAGCAGCAGCAGCGUCAGCCUCAGCGACAGCAUCAACAGCAGCAGCAGCAGCGUCAGCCACAGCGACAGGCGGUCGCCGGCUCGCAGCAGCAGCAGCAGGAGCCAUUUGGGAACUACCGGAUGGUUCGAAGCGAGCACGCAUCCGGCUACCUGUGA